AAAACUUGGCGAGUGAAGGGGAAGCUUUUCUUGCUUUCUUGGGUAAAACCGGUAACCAUGAUGCUAGAAGCUUAUGCAGCAGGAAAACGAGAUGAAAUCCACACUGACGUGCUUUUGAAAGCCAGGCAAGCUUGCUACAAGGCUCGUGAUGCAUUCUAUUCUUGCUUGGAAAUGCAAUCGGACAAGAAACCCACUGAAAUCGGAUCUGUGGGGCUCCUAUACCCCACUGAAUGCAAACGCUCCAGGGAUGAGUAUGUCAUGAAUUGCCGCGCUUCUUGGGUGAAGCAUUUUGAUAGGCAGUAUUGUAAGACCAAGAGGACGCAGAGGUUGCUUGAUGAUAGGGAAACGAGGAGAGGUCCGUUGACACUUCCACAACCUUACACUUUCAAGCCCCCAACCUCUACUUGAUUGCUUAUUGAAGCUUUUAGACUGUUCAGGGGCUUCUUUAGUUUGUUGAAUACCUUUUUUUGUUGUUGUUGAAAUUGCACUUAUACAGUGUUUAGGAUAUACAAUCGCAUAAAUUCCUACUCAUUUUGAUGGGAAACUGGAUAUCUGGUAAAGAAGUGAUAUUGGUUUUCGAAAUUUGGCUUAUAAUUGCCUUAUGGUUC